UAUGCCUAAUGACACAUUUUUAAAAAUCUUGAAAAAAGGUCCAUUCCAGUUGACAUUUGCAAAGACUUUGGCAGCCUAUCUUAUAAGAGUGCUUGUGUCACUUCAUACAGCUUCUAUAGCCCAUUGUGACAUAAAACCUGAGAAUAUUUUAAUAGCCGCAGAUUUCAAUUUGAAACUUUGUGAUUUUGGAUUUGCUCGCAUUUGUAAAGAACCUUUAAGACCUCCUGGAGGUACUCCUGGAUACACUGCACCUGAAAUGUAUAUUAAUCCAUAGGUAAAUCUAUUUAAAUGUGAUAUAUUUGCCUUGGGUGUAGUAUUAUUUAUUGUAGUAAUGGGAUUCCCUCCAUUUCAAACAAAUGAUCCUAAUGUAAAAGAUGGAUGGUGGGGUUUAAUAUAGAGUAAAUAAUUUGAACUCUUCUGGAGUAAAUGCGAAUCAUUCAGACAAUAGCAAUUCCCAUAAGAAUUUAAGGAUUUGAUAAUGUCUAUGUUAGAAUGUGAUCCAGAGAAAAGGAUAUCUUUGUAGGAAGUAUAGGAUCAUGAAUUUUUAAAGAAUGGAGCUCCAGAAGAGGAAGUGUUAUAGGAAAUUGAGAAACGAGUUAAGGAAUGAU